ACCCAACUGAAUCUCUUAAAUUCCCGGUACCUCGCUCUCUCUUCUUUGCUUUGUACGCUGUUCCACGCAUGGCUAGCUGAGACUUGAGAAGCCUUUGGCUUCGUCUUGACUUUCUCCAAGGUAUGGCAAAGCGGACGGCCGCAACGCUGCUUCUUCUCUUGGUGUGCGCCAUCGCCGGACUUCAUGCCAGUGCGACGGCCACAGAUAACCAAGACAUUUCUGCACUUCGAGGUCUUAUGGGUUACAUGAAGAACAUGCCUUCGGGCUGGGGGAAGUCGAACGAUCCCUGCGGUUCGGAGCCAUGGGAGGGAGUCACCUGCAGUGGCACUCGGGUGACAGAGCUGAAAUUGUACAACAUGGGGCUUAGAGGAAAGUUGAGCGGUGACAUCGCAGCCCUAACUGCGCUGAGGACCCUGGAUCUUUCCUAUAAUAUUGAUCUAGGCGGCCAAGUUACACCUGACAUUGGAAACUUGCAACAGCUUGAAGCCUUAAUGCUGGUAAGUUGCAGCUUCAGUGGUACCAUCCCCAGUGAAAUAGGAAAACUAACUCAGCUCAAAUUUUUGGCUCUGAAUUCAAACCAGUUCAUUGGGAACAUACCUUCUUCUCUAGGAAGCCUCUUCAAACUCUCUUGGUUGGACUUGGCAGACAACCAAUUGAGUGGCUCUUUGCCCGUCUCUAAUGGCUCGGUCCCUGGACUAGAUCAGCUUGUUAACACGCAGCACUUCCAUCUCAACAAGAAUAGGCUUUCAGGUCCGAUCCCAGAAAAGCUUUUUAGCUCCAAUAUGCGGCUGAAACAUUUACUUCUAGAUAGAAAUAAAUUAGAUGGGACAAUUCCAGCUUCUAUAGGAACUGUACAAACACUUGAGAUUAUUCGUCUUGACAAUAAUUUUUUGGGAGGCCCAGUUCCUUCUAACAUAAACAAUCUUACCAGUCUUCAUGUCCUAAAUUUAGCAAACAAUAAUUUAAUUGGACCUAUGCCAAAUCUAACUGGAUUAAAUAGCCUCAAUAUUAUCGAUCUCAGCAACAAUUCAUUUAAUCCUUCUGAAGCUCCCGCAUGGAUUUCAGAAAUUGAAAAUGUCACCACUUUGGCUAUUGAAUCUGGGAGACUUCGUGGACAAGUUCCACAAAAACUCUUUAGCUUUCCUCGAUUGCAGCAAGUGAUACUUAAGAACAACUCCUUUAAUGGCACUCUAGACAUGGGGAGCAACAUUAGUGAACAACUGCAAGUUGUGAAUCUCGAAAGCAAUUCUCUUACCUCGGUAGCACUUAGCUCGAGCUAUAACAAUUCAAUAUUGCUCAGUGGAAAUCCUGUGUGCAGCAAUAUUCACCUAAUAGGGACAAACUAUUGUUCUCCCCCACAAAACUUCUCACCAAUUUACUCAACUGGUCUUUCCAACUGUGGUGGAAAAUCAUGUUCUACAAAUAAUUCAUGUUCACAUCCAUACGAGGGAAUUCUGUUCUUUAGAGCGCCAUAUUUUCGAGAUCUUAGAAAUGAGACUGCAUUCCAAUUAUUGGAGAAUAGUAUUUGGGAGCAGUAUGGUCCAAAUUUAGGGUCAAUGUCUCUUCAAAAUCCCUUUUUUGACAAUGAUUCAUAUUUGGAAGUGCAUUUAGUACUCUGUCCCUUGAAUGGAACCUACUUCAAUGUAAAGGAUAUUCUUGAGAAUCUUGAUCUGAGUAGCAACAUCUAUACAGCUCCACAAGUCUACGGGCCAUUCUACUUUGGAGCAUUUCCGUACUCUUUUCCAGGACCAUCACGUAUGUAUAUAGGUCUGAUAGUGGGAUUGGUAGUUGGAUGUACACUUCUUGUUAUUGGGCUUGCUAGUGCUGGUUUCUAUGCUUUCCAGCAAAAGAAACGGGCAAAAAAAGCCAUUGAAAUGAGCAAUCCUUUUGCUACAUGGGAAGCUAGUUUUGAAGAUAGCGGUGCAGCACCUCAGUUGAAGGGGGCCAGAUUUUUUUCAUUUGAAGAACUCAAAAAGUGCACGAACAACUUCCCAGAAAUAAAUGUCAUUGGAUCAGGAGGGUAUGGGAAGGUCUAUAGAGGAAUGCUUCUAGAUGGGAGGAUGGUCGCAAUCAAGAGAUCAAAGGUCGGAUCAAGUCAAGGUGGUUUAGAGUUCAAGACUGAGAUCGAGCUGCUAUCUAGGGUUCACCACAAAAAUCUGGUAGAUCUUGUAGGCUUUUGCUUUCAACAGGGAGAGAGAAUGCUAAUAUAUGAGUAUGUACCCAAUGGAACACUCAGAGAGAGUUUGGCGGGUAAGGGUGACACUCAACUGGAUUGGAUGAGAAGACUUCAAAUUGCUCUAGACUCAGCAAGAGGACUGGCCUAUCUCCAUGAACUUGCAAAUCCUCCCAUCAUUCACAGAGACAUCAAAUCAGCCAAUAUCCUUCUGGAUGAAAAUCUAAAUGCCAAAGUUGCAGAUUUUGGUCUCUCAAAGUUGAUGACUGAUGGAGAAGUAGGUCAUAUCUCCACCCAAGUGAAGGGAACACUGGGCUACCUUGAUCCCGAGUAUUACAUGUCGCAAAUACUCACAGAGAAGAGUGAUGUCUAUAGUUUUGGAGUAGUUAUGCUGGAACUAAUAACUGGAAAUCCACCAAUACAUAAUGGAAAGUACAUAGUUUCUGUUGUGAAGUCUGCACUUAAUAAAAAUGACGUUUACUAUGGUUUGAAAGAUGUAAUGGAUCCUGUCAUUAGAGAAGCAACCCAUCUUGUAGGCUUCAGAAGGAUUGUGGAGCUGGCCUUGCUGUGUUUAGAGGAAUCAGCUACAGAUCGUCCAACAAUGGCCGAUGUCGUGAAGGAGAUCGAAGCUAUGCUGAAGAUGGAAGGAUUGAAUGCGAACACAACCGAAAAGUCUACAAAUGCUAUUGAUCUUACAGCAGCAGGUGCUUAUCCUUCUCAUCUUUAUGAUAAAAUAAUGACUCAGAAUGAAGUAAGUGGCAGUUCCUUUGCUUACAGUGGCAAUUAUUCUUUGCCAACAAAGUUGGAACCAAAAUAAUACCUUUAGUUUCUAUAACCCUGAAAUUGUUUUGUUCACAAUGCUUAAUGUCAUUGUGAAUCUUAGGAAUACAUUCUAUUUACUGUAUCAUACAAGUGAAAUUUCUUUUUGCCUCUGAAACCUUCUGUGUAAUUAUGUAAAAUUAACUAUAUUAGAAUUUAAACAUUUUUGCAAUGAUGAAAACGUGUAUGGAACAUUGAAAAUAGAAAUUCAAAUUUAGAGCUGUAA